GCUUUCGAGGCGCGCGGAGCCGGGAGUGUGUGUGUGUGUAUGAGAGAGAGAAGGAGCGCGCGCGUGCGGGAGAGACCGAGCGAGCCAGCGCGAGGCUCCUUCUUCCUCGAGGGCGCCUGAGGGAAGCAGCGGCGGGAGCGGGUCCGGCCACCGCAGUGGCUCCUUCAUGCUUCCUUGACGCUUGACUCGCGGAGCGGCCCCUUCGCAGCGCCCGGCAUGAGCAUCUCCGUCCCGGAGGGGCUGACGGAGCUGCUGCAAGGCUUCACCGUGGAGGUGCUGAGGAGCCAGCCGGGGGACCUGCUGGACUUCGCCCUCCAGUACUUCGGGCGCCUCAAGGCCGAGGAGGAGGAAGAGGAGGAGGAGGGAGGGGACGCCGGCCGGCUCCAUGCCGCCUCGCCGGGGACCCCGAGGGGAAAGCAGGCGCCCCGCGGCGGGGUCAACUUCGCCGAGGAGCCCAUGCAGACCGACUCCGAGAGCGGCGAAGGCGACGAGGACGGCGAGGCGGAGGGCUUCCCUGCUCCAGUGAUAAACCGGUUCACCAGACGGGCAUCAGUGUGUGCUGAAGCUUAUAAUCCUGACGAAGAAGAGGAUGAUGCUGAUUCAAAGAUUAUUCACCCCAAAACAGAUGAUCAAAGAAACAGACUGCAGGAAGCUUGCAAAGACAUUCUCCUAUUUAAAAACCUAGAUCCGGAACAGAUGUCUCAGGUAUUAGAUGCCAUGUUUGAAAAAUCGGUUGAAGGAGGGGAGCAUGUCAUUGAUCAAGGUGAUGAUGGUGACAACUUCUAUGUAAUUGACUGGGGGACAUAUGAUAUCUAUGUAAAAUGUGAGGGUGUUGGACGGUGUGUUGGCACCUAUGACAACCGAGGGAGCUUUGGUGAAUUGGCUUUAAUGUACAAUACACCUAGAGCAGCUACAAUCAUUGCUACCUCUCCUGGUGCUGUGUGGGGCUUGGACAGGGUAACAUUUCGAAGAAUUAUUGUUAAAAAUAAUGCCAAAAAGAGAAGAAUGUAUGAAAGCUUUAUUGAGUCAUUGCCCUUCCUUAAAUCUUUAGAGCUAUCUGAAAGGCUGAAAGUGGUUGACGUGAUAGGUACCAAAAUCUACAAAGAUGGAGAACAAAUUAUUGCUCAGGGAGAUAUGGCCGACUGUUUCUUUAUCAUUGAAUCUGGAGAAGUGAAAAUUACCAUGAAAAGAAAGGGUAAACAGGAUGUAGAUGAAAAUGAAGCUGUUGAAAUUACCCGAUACACUAGAGGGCAAUAUUUUGGAGAACUUGCUCUUGUAACUAACAAACCUCGAGCUGCCUCAGCGUUUGCACUUGGCACAGUCAAGUGUUUAGUUAUGGAUGUACAGGCAUUUGAAAGGCUUUUGGGACCUUGUAUGGAAAUUAUGAAAAGGAACAUUGCGAAUUACGAAGAACAGCUAGUUGCUCUGUUUGGAACAAACAUGGACAUUGCUGAUCCUAGUGCAUGAAGUAAAGUAUGAAACCACAAGAUCUGUUUAUGAGAAAUAGCACAGUAGUGGUUAGUCCACUGAAAAUGUGUCUAUCUUCCUGUAGAUGCUAAGCAUUUUUCUGUGAUUUUACAGGGAACUGGGUUUCUUUGUGUUUCCCCCUCAAUUUUUAUUUGCCUUUUUGUACACAGUAUUUCAGAUGUAUCAAUACAUGGAGUAGAGACAUCAUAGCAUCUACCUUACCUUGAAGAAAACUCGUUCCACCAACCCCUGAGCUUUUGGGUAACAGUCCUAAAUAUCAAUCCUAAAAACUUUUAUUGAAGUUCAGUGAGUACCCUUCAUUCAGUUUUAGUAUUAUAACCCUUUGGGACCUCGAAAAAAAAGACAUGCCUUCUAUCAUUACAAACAUUUUCUUUUACAAAAUCCUGGAUUGUAAUCCAAACAAUGUGUGCAUAUCGGCGUGAUUAUUAUUAUUAUUAUUAUUAUUAUUAUUAUUAUUAUUAUUAUUAUUUUCUCUUUCCUGAUUCUGAAGUUUUCACCUGUGCAAAACAGCCCUCCCAAAUUCCUGAUCUGCUUUGGAGGUAACUUAUUUUGUAGCACAGGACAUGGGUUACGUUCAGGAGUGUUCUGCUUUCGCUGCAUAUGUCUGUGUAAUCCUUGGGAUUGCAGGAUACUUGUUGAUGAAAUCUGUUCCUAGCUGAUUAAUAGUAAUGGCUUCUGUAAAAUCUGAAGACAAAUGGAGUAAGUUGAUGUCAGUGGGGUAUUUGCCACUGAUAAAAAGUCAGGAUUGUGUCCAUGUGUCAAAUAAAUGUGGUAUAUUGAGAGUAUUCGUGCACCUAGUGCUCACAAGUAUCUAGUGAAGAUGUUUACAAAAUACAUCUGGUUUCCUGGAUAUUUGAAAUUAAAUCUGGAUAAGUUAAGGUGAAUUUAUAGAAGUUGCAUUUUUUUAAAAAUCCCCAAAUUUAAAGCAUGGCCUUGUGUUCUUUAUAACUUUUAUGACCUAAAUCUGGUCUUAGGUUUUACAAAUGUUUAUUUUUUAAAAUGAUUCAAACUAAGAUAUCACAUUUCACUUCUGUUUGUAUGAAACAUACUCCAACAUCUUGCAAAACUUGGUUUGUGUUUUUAUGGAAUAUGCUUAUUUUUGUUGUUAAAUUUAUUGAGUUUGUAUUAUUUUGAUUAUAUUCACUCAUUAGAAGAAUGGAAAAAGUUAACUUUAGAUCAAGGAAGAGUAACUUCCCAUAGGCCAUUGUUACAGUCUAUUUGCAUAUCAAGUGCAUAGAUAUAGCUUUCAAAGCAAUCUUGAUUCUGAUAUACUGAGAUUACAGAUUGACUGACUAAUCCACAAAUUAGGAUUAGUAAAAUAAAUUCCUUGGAUUAGGAGUAUCCAUUUUGUUGGUAGUUCUUAUAGCCCUUUGUUUUAAAUAUUGUUAUCUUUCUUCUCUGAAGGUAUUUUCCCUCGAUUCGCCAUAAGUGGGCACCCUAUCUUUUACUCAUCGGUAUUUUAUUAAUGUGAAUAGUGUUUUAAAUCACUGCACCUAAAAUCUGAUGUGAUCCUAACAUGGAAUAUAGCACUGCCAGCUUUUACUGUUAAUGUUCUGGUUUUCAAUAGACCAUAAAAAGGAACUUCUAAAGUAGAGUCACAGAGGGUACCUAGAUAGGCAACCAACUAUAUACCUACCUGUCCAUAUGAAAGCACAACCACAUCUGGAUUUAUUUUUUGCCACUGUAGUCAGAUAAUACCAAAAUUUAAGUAAGUGAAUUCAAAACAAUAAUAUUGAAACAGAGCACCAGUUAAAAAAAAAUAGUGUAGUCUUCCUUGUUGACAGAGUUGUCAGAAAAGUAUUUGGCCUUUUUAUGACAUCUCUUCCUUUAGCAUAAAAUUCUGCUGUUUCGACAGUUGUGGCAUAGAGUGAAUUAUUGCCUCUUGGAAUUGAGAACAAAGUAUUGUCUAAUGUCUAUAUAUGAUAAUAUAACUAUAUUUCUUUAUUUUUAUUUAUUGCCUCUCAGGCUACCAAAGCCCACGGGAUAGUGUCCAGUGGGCAUCUAAAUACACAGUUAGUGAUUGCUACAAAUUAUAAACUUAUAGUAGGAACCUGUUAUUGUAAAUCAAUAUUAUUAGUCCCUUGUUUGGAAUGCUGAAAUCCAAAACAGUCCAAAUGAGUGGCUGAGAUAGUGACACCUUUGCUUUCUGAUGGCUCAGUGUAAACAUAAAAUUUGUUUCAUGCACCAGUUAGUAAAAAUAGUGUAUAAAUUCAUGUUCAGACUUGGGUCCCAUUUCCAAGAUAUCAUAGUAUGUACAUAUAUGCAAAUACAAGUGUUCAAAACACCUGUAGUUCCAAACAUUUUUGGAUAAGUUAUAGUGACCAUACACUAUGGUAUAAAAUAAAAGAUGACAUGUAAUUUCUUUCACAUAUUCUUCCUGAUAAAGGCCCAAAUCUAAUUUCUUAAUUAACUUAAACUCUUUAAAUCAAUAUAAUUUUCUUAAGUGUAAUUGAUAGGUCAUUCACCAGUUGAUUCUAUGGUUCUGUGCUGGAUAUAGGAAUCAUGUAGCCUUCCCAAUAUUGUUAAGAUUAUAAUUCCUAGCAACUCUAAAUCAACAUAGCAAAUUGUAGCACAUGCUUGGAAAUGCAGUUCAAAAACACAGGGAGGAAUAUAAUUCUCAUUGAUCGUUUACUCUCAUUGAUCGUUUACUAGCAAGUGAGUUUAGGCUGAGAUUAUUUUGGAUCAGUAAGGAUACAGUGUUAUGCAGUGGAGAGAAAAUCAGGUAGAGGACUCUGUGGCUUGCACCCAGAGGACUCUGCCAGAUGUUUCACAUGCUGAAAGAGAGCUUUGGGGUUGAUUUUUUUGAAUGAAGGCUAACUCACCGCCCAUGGUGAACAUGUGAAUCAAGAGACUUCAAAGAACAUAGUGAUGUGGCAUGGUGAAUUUUUCCUUCAGUGAAAAAAAAUAAAUUCCACACUGAAAGAUACUCUUUGCUUCCUGGCCCACAACCUUUUGGAUUUUUAACUGAGGAGGGCUAUGUGUUAUGUUAAGUGUUAUGUAGAGGAAUGAUGAUGUGAUUUACACGUGUGACAAAAACUUCCAAUCAAAGCCAAAAAUAGUUAGUUUGUAAUGGUGUUUGUUUAAAAUUAUUUAUACCAAGGCAUUAACCCUUCUUUAGAAUUGCAAUUAAUAUUAGGCCUGCAGUUCUCAUCGGCACACUUCCAAUACAUGAACAUUAGCAUGUUUCAACGUUGUUUUUGCUUAUGAGGUUUGUACAAAGUGUGUUGCCAGGAUUUUAGCUCUUCCCACUAUGAUCUUUUAGUAAAUAUGAAAGCAAUCUGUAAUGGGAAGAUUCAUUCAAACUGAUCGAGUGUAGCUUCUUACUGUUGGAUAUCCUGCAUUCUAUUUGUGAAAAGAAGGCAAGAUAUAAUUCUAAUACAGUGGGUCUUUUGUAUCCUCUGGGAUUUGGUUCCAGAACAUCCCAUGGAUACCAACAUCAAGUCCCACUAUAUACAGUGAUGUAGCAAAAUGGCAUCCCUUACAUCAAAAGACAAAAUUGACAAUACGGUAAUUAAACUUGGAUGGAUUGUAGCCAUAAAGUAAUUAGCUUUAUUUACAUUAUUUACACAAAGCUCAACGCAGCACAGAGCAAGUACGUCUCCUCAGGCAGAGUCAUCUCAGCAAGAUGGCGAUUACAGUCUUCUCCUUAUCAGUAAUAGCAUGCCUCUCAAACAGUUUUAUGAUGACCAAAGUCUGGUGUCAUCAGAGGAAACAGGAAAACACACUGUCCUUCUAGGACAAACUCAAAUCUCUGUGGUCUGUUAACUCUACACAUGCUAGGCAGCUUUUACAAACACAUGACCACAGCUUUAAAAACAUACACUUUGAAAUCUUCCAAUAAAUCAAACACAUCUCAAGGCUUGCUUUUUGGAUUUUUUAAAAAUAUUCCAAGCCUUGGAUGGUUGAACUUGUGGAUGUAGAAUCUGAAGAUACAGAGGGCCCGACUGUAUAUAAUCAGUGCAAAAGUGUAUGUAAGGGAACAGUCCCAAUAGUUGAGUAGUGUCAGACUUGUGGUCCUCCAGAUAUUUGGGCUUCCAACUCUCAGAAGCCAUAGCCAGCUUGUUCAAUAGCCAGGAAUGCUGGGAGAUGAAGUCUAAAACACCUGAAGGGCCACAAGUUUGCAACCACUGCAAAAGCUGGUACCCUUCAAUAAAAUUCUUUUGUUUGUAUGCAACAGACAAUCAGCAAGGUAUAAUGAGUUUUGGCAGUAGCAGUUCCUUGCUAGGUAGGGCCCACAAAAUGUGUACAAGGAGAGUGUCUUUCAUUGUGUGCAUUUGGCUGUCCAUUGUUUAAUUAAUUUAUAUUUAUAUUGCCUUCGAAGCCCAAGGCAAUGAACAAAAAAAAAACCCAACUAAAAGAUUUUUAAAAAUUCAAAAACAUAUUAAAACACAUUUUGAAAAACUCUGAAAAGCAGUCUUAGAAUCCAGUUUAAAAGAAGUUGAAAUAGCAAUUUCAGACAUUGUGUUGUUCCCGAGCAAGAGGGCUUGCACACCUUGUUACACCAUGGAAUCAAACCUGUGCUGGUCCUCCAGUGCGCAAGUUCCCCAUGUUAACCAGCUGUUUCCCAGAUAUAAGCAACAUAAUAUUAAUUGUCAAUCAAGGAAACCUGGUAAAAUAUCUAGCUCAUCCAUGAAACUAAAUGUUAUCACUAGAUGCAACUAGGAUAAAUAAAAAUGGUAACUUGAGAACACAAGUGGGGAGAAAUAACAUUUUCCAUGUCUAGAGAUAUCUUAACUUCGUAUGAAGGGGUAAUAUCACAUUAGAGAAAGUGGCACAAAAGCAUUUUUAAAAAAAGACUUCAUUUCAUAUAUACUUGCUUAUAUGAAAAAGGAACAUAUUUAUUUGCAUUUUUAAAAUAGGAUGCCUGUGCAUGUAGAAAACGUGUAUAUAACGUGUGUGGGGAAUGGGAUUGUGUUGCACCCUUGGCUAUGCCUAGCACACUCCCAAGGUCAUGUUGCAACCAGUUGUUGGAUCAUAUGUUAGCACAGAUUCUUCUUUAUUGUCUUUACCCUUGAAAUUAAGGGUUAAAUAUCACAUGGGUUGGAUUUAUGUAGAUUUCAGUGACAUAAGUUAGGAUCCACGGCAAUAUAUGGAAGUGAGUGGGGAGGGGUGGGAACAGCUUGUACAUGCUUUUUCGAUAAACAUGAAUAGGAUCAACCAGUUAUAUAAUCUGAAUGGAGAAAGUGGAAGAGACAUAGUUGGAUGCUACUGUGCAUACUUGGCAUGCAGAAGUUUUAAUCAACUCCUUGAGUUAAAGGAAUCUCAGGCAGAGUUACCAUAGAUGUCUCCCUAAAAUUCUUGAGUAUCACUGCCAGAGCUGGCUUUCUUGGACUAGGAUAGAUGGACCAACAGUCCAAUUUGACAGGCAGCUUAAUAUAUUAAGAUGUAAUGGCUACUCUUGUGCCACAUUUCUUUGAAGAACUUCGCUAAAGCCUAAACCAAGACAUCUUCCGCCAUUAUCCCAAUAUCUUUCUGUUUAGAAUUGUCUUUUAGUGGUCAGGGUUUAAAUGCUGUAUUUAAAAUUAAUGGGAUUUACGAGAUAUUUUGAUAUGUAUGUGUGUGCUUUUUCAUAUAUUUUUUCUUUUGUUUGAAAGCUUUGUAAUAUGCCCUACACUCUUUGGAUAGAGCAGAAUUUUUUUUAAUGAGCAUUAAAUUAAGGAUACAUAGUCUGCCCCACCCUUUUACAAGAAAUUUGUGUAUCACUUCCUUUUCCUGAAUGUUAAUGUUCUGUCUUUUUACUGAUGCCUCUUUUUUAUGGUACCUAUCAGUUGGUGAAGAUUUACAAUGUACAAAAUUAAUAAAUAAUUUUGAAUAUAGAA